GACCCGCGACACCAUUUUGCCAAAAUUUCGCGUCUUGGCAACAGUAGCAAACGGACUUAACAUGAAGUACCUGUUUCACUUUAAGAUGGCGUCAGUUGCUGUGGGUCAUUGACUUGUGUGUGAAGUUUGUUUACAGGGUAAAGUUUGUUGGAAAAUAGGAAAAGCACAGUUCUGAUACUGAUAUUUUGCACAGGACCUGAGUGCAUACUUGGCAGCAAUGGUUUAAGAUGAUUUGCAGCUUCAUGAUCUUUUGGUGUGUAUUGACUUUUUACAAUAGGCAACUGCACCACAAAAGAGUUAUGGAGUUGGCUCAUCACAUCAAAUUUUAGCUUCAAACUUUCAAAUUUAAUGGCUGCUGUUAAAAGACACAUGAAAGUAUCAAAUGACAUGGAAAAUGGCAGUAAGUUAUUUUUUGAAAACUCCCUUGCUGGGAUGGAUAAGUCAGUACUCUCAACAGUAAAGAUAACAGAUUAUCCUGACAGUGGCCAUGCAAAUCCAGAACCCGUUUCUGAUUACAGUGAUGAAGGCCUUGAAGAUUUUUUGUCACCCCAGUCACUCAAAAUGAUCACUGGUAAAAGCAAUCUUGCAGAAGUCUCAUCAUUAGAGAUGGAGGUUGAUACAUCUGAAACUAGCAUUGGAAAUCUAGGGCAAUUGUUACCAAAUCUUAAGCAGCUCAAACUAUCAAACAGUGUUAUAACAUCAAUCAGAGAUCUUGGAACAUGCUUAAAUGAUCUAACAAUGCUUUGGCUUCCAAGAUGCAGCCUCAUUGAUUUAGACGGAAUCAGCUGUUUCAAUUCCCUCAAAGAAUUAUAUUUAGCCUACAACGAAAUAGAGGACCUCAGCUCGCUCAGUAUGCUUGACAACCUUGGAUGUCUUGAUCUGGAAGGGAACAACGUCAGUGAUAUUGCUCAAGUUGAGUUCCUUGCCUUCUGCUCAAGAUUAGCAAGUCUAACGCUGAUGGGAAAUCCUGUGGAACAAGCUCCCCACCCUGGUGCAAACCCUCAGGAUUUGAAGUUCUACGAUUACAGAGCGGCAGUCUCGCGGGCAGUCCCGCAACUUCGCAUUUUAGACGACGAGCCGUUUCUCUUCGAUGUUAUCAAUGGCAAGCAAGUCAUUCGAUCGACAAAUACAAAUAGACCAAAGAACGAUGACAACAUGAGGGAGGACCUUCUUCUGAUUCAAGACUGUUUGAAAUCUCUUCCUGUAAUAGAGGAGGAUGAUGUUGAUGACACAGGGAAUCCUCGACCUGGAAGUGCUAGUGGAAGACGACCCGGCUCAGGAAUUGAUCGGGACAGAGUCAGACCAAUGUCCGGUCGAAGUCGGCCUCAGUCGUCACGAAAUCGGCCGGCUUCAUCAAGGAAUAGGCCUGCAAGCUCUCUCCAGAGAUUUAUUCAACAAAAGCCAGAAGCAGUGGACCGUCCUGAAACUGCAUCGAAGCGGCCUGAAAGCGUAAGAUCCGCUCGCAUAAGUGGCACUGAAAACCAAAGCAGUUUAGACGAAGAUGACAGCAGCGAUCUUACACACGGCUCCAAGCAAGUAAUUUGUGGCAAUCCCGUUCGAGCUUUAUUGGCAAGGAGAAAGGAGCUGAAGGGAAAUAUUAGGCUUCGAUUUGAGGGGUAUUCAGGAGAAAUGUCGAAAGCCGAUCGUUUUAUACCGGAGCAUUCAUACACUGUUGAUGAAAGUGACGAAGAAAUUGACAAGAAUGAGAUUUUCAAGGAACUGCGAGAAUGGAGGAGAAAUUUUGAAAAGACAUCGGUAGACCUUGUGAAGUCGAAAUCGUAUCCUGAUAGAACGCAACAUGAUGAAAGCGACAGGCUUGCGAUUUCGCCAACUCCACCUUCAGGCAACCCCAGUCGAGCACGGCCAAGCAGGAGAAAACAGGCAAGCAAAGAAAGUUCUGAGCCACCCCGUCCUCAAACUGCUUUUGACUUCAGGCCCGAACUUUCGCCGACAAGGCUUUCUUUACACAACAGAAACCAAAGAGCACAAAUCUUAAGUCGCAGUCUUGAUGUUGAUGACGUAAAGAAUGACACAGCGCUUUCUCAACCAGUAUAUCAUCACCAGACUUAUGAUGCUAUGGGUACUGAGAGUCAAACCCGGGAUGAUCAUUUGCUUGGUGAGAAUGAGAUGCUUCGUGAAAGAGGAUCACAAAGACUAACGAAGCAGAGACCUGGCACGGCCGCUGCAGCAUCAAAACGGAAAUCACAAAAACACUUCACGUAGCAAAAAUUGUGUUCUGGCGAUUUUCUACAUUUGUGGCACAAUGUGUUUCGAAGAGGUAGCACCUGAGUAGCUAAAAAGGACUUUUAGGAUGUCUUUUUUAAUAUGGAAGGUCAUUCAAGCUGUUCAAACAUUAAUUUAAGGCAAAGAAGCAAGUUAGCAUUGCUCUUCAAAUCAACAAUCUAUAUCCAUUUCCAACAAUCCAUUUAUAUUGUUAUGUUAGGCUAUCAUCAAAACUACCAAACAUUUAAAACAUUUAAUAUACUACUGUGCCUGACUGCAGAAAUCUUUCUUAAGACAACUUCAAGCUGUUGUAAAGGGUUUGAUGAUAAAAAUUUCCAAAUAAGCUUUCAAUACCGCAAAGUAUGCAGGUAGUAAUUAAAAGCGGAACAAUAGCAUUCUAAAGUCCUUUUGGUCUGACACUCCUUGGAGUGUAAAUGUUGGCAUUCAGUUUGCUUACCUUUGGCCAUUGUUCGACGUUUAUACUCUGAGGAGUAUCGGACAUAAAGCACUUCAGUAUGCUAUAAUCCCGCUUUUUCGUGCUUCGUCCAGGUAAAAAUUUUGUGGAUAGCUUUAAAUUUGACAAUGGACAGGUUUGGGAGUUACGAAUGAAAGUUAAUUUGAGACUUGCCAUUUUGAUGGCCCUUGUUGUCACUUUGAUAUAAUAUGUCCCAAAGCUGUUAUCUUCCUGAUUGACAAAAGUUGAUUUUUAAUUCUAAUUCCUCUUUGAUAUAAGAACGAACUUAACAUGUCAUUGCUAUAUGUAAUUUUGACAUAAGUUUCAAUAAAGUCUUAGAACCAUUUCGAUAAAACUUUAGCAUUGUUUUUUAGGGGAAAUGUUCUGCUCAUAUCUCGAAAAUUUCAGUACCCUAAAUCCUUUAAGAAAAAUAAAAUAGAAAAAAAAACGUUUAUAUGAAGUUUGAUUCAAUUUCCUAUCAAAAAAAUCACACUCGACUAAGUCGAAAAGCUUAUUGCUACAGUUUUUCUUUUUGCACAAAAGUUGCAUUCUACGUCAAACAAAAUUGCAAAAUACUAAAGAAUUUCAAAGCAUGAAGUCAUUUCUAAAAAGUAUUUGCUCGCUCCCCUGCAAUUUCAAAAGUUAACAUUUCAUUCAAAAACAUAAAAUUCUCGUAAGACCUAAAACUUCCUUCUUUCUCUAUUUUUGACAAUCUCUAAACAACACUCGAACCAAUUUUGCAUAUUUUCGCAGUUUUUUCACUUUAUUUUCUACCAAUGAAAUUAAGAUGAAAAUCGGCGAAUUUUUGUAAGCCAACAUGCUUGGAUUAUUAAGGAACUUGGCUGAUUUUUUGACAUUCAAUUUUAAAGAAUUAAUGGACUUACACCGCCUUAAACUGAAUUCAAUAAAUUUAUCCACAUAUCUAUAGCCUUCUGCACCAAAUUAAAGAAAACAAAAUUUUCGAUCAAUUUACGCAUUUGUAAGCAGAAUUGCGCGUGCGAGAUCAGAGAAAUGUGUUUAUACCGACUUUAUAUUAGUUCAACAACACUGUCCAAUAAUCACUAAAAGUUAUAAAAAGGCCAGCAAACAGUUUCAAUCGACUCUUGACACUAUUUCAAGUAGUAUUUUGCCUCCAGAAAGUUUUUCAUCCAAAACCUGGCUAAAAAUACUCUAAAUAAGCAAUAAAAUCGUUUAAAUCAG